AUGUCUGGGACAAAACCAAAUUUGAUUGCCGUUGUUUGCAUUGCCAUCUUCAUAUCAAUAACAACCUAUUCCUACUUCUACAAUGGAAAAUUCUCUUUCAUGCCAGUGGUGAAGAACAGCCUCUGCCGUGGGAUUGUUGUCAAUGACACCAUCACACCCUUAAGAGAUAAUAGAACCUUUAUCAUUGCUCCAUACUUGGACAACAGGAAGAACAGAACGACACGAGUGAUUGCUAUAGUCCAUCACAAAGAGGUCAAGGAACUUUACUGCCGGUUUUGCAACCCAUCCAAUGGUGAAACACAUAUUUCCAAGGCUGAAAUACAUGUCCUUUCUGAGAGAUUUGAAUUCCCUUAUGGUGCCACACACUUGCAUUGUCCACAACCAGAGCACUGGGAUCCACAUUAUGUGACAAUUCAGUGGUCUCCAAAGGACAAUACAGACCCAUUACCACUAUUUGAAAUCAGAAAUCGUGAACCUGGGGGUUCCCUUGUGGAGUUUACAGUCUGCAUUUCCACCAUGUUUGGGGAAUACAACAAUGUCUUGCAGUUUGUGCAGAGCAUGGAGAUGUAUAAAAUCCUCGGGGUGGGCCGAGUGGUGAUCUACAAGAACAGCUGCAGCCCACUGAUGGAGAAAGUGCUGGACUUUUAUGUUGCAGAAGGGAUUGUUGAAAUAAUUCUCUGGCCCAUUGAAUUAUACCUCAAUGUUUCUCCUCACUGGCAUCACUCAAUGGAUCCCAAGGACAUUGGCUACUAUGGACAAAUCACAGCCUUAAAUGACUGCGUCUAUCGCAAUAUGUACAGGAGCAAAUAUGUGCUGCUGAAUGACAUUGAUGAAAUUAUUCUGCCCAUUAAAUAUCCAGACUGGAAAAGCAUGAUGCAGAACCUUAAGACCCAAUAUCCAAUGGCUGCUGUUUUCUUCUUUGAGAGCCAUCUUUUCCCUGAACAUGUAUUCACUCCUGAUGACCCAUUCAACAUUUCCUCUUGGAGAAACAUACCUGGCACCAACAUACUGCAACAUGUCUUCAGGGAGCCUGACAAGAACCCCAUUGAGAACCCUCGGAAGAUGAUAAUUGAUCCGAGGAAAGUCAUCCAGCAAUCUGUACAUAAAGCUCUCCAAGCAUACGGAAGCAAUGUUUUUGUUCCAAUGAAUGUUGGCUUUUUGUUUCAUUGCCGGGCUACUAAGCAACCACAGCUUCCAAGAGAAUCCCUCAUUAGGGACAUACGUCUCUGGAGAUAUAAUGUGUCUUUGGUUGGGAAUGUCAGCAAAGUGCUCCAUCAAAUAGCACUGUAA